UCUAGAGUAUUGAAUAUGAUGGCUCUGUACGAGCUUUAAUUCAAAAAGAUAUAAGAAUUAAAAUAAUUACCGCCGAUAAGAAAACACCUAAAUACAAUACAGAAUGGCCACAUUGACGAGCGACGAAUUCAAUUGGUAGCAUUGAAGGAAAAUACGUGCAACUCUGAAAUUUUUCUUUUUGCCUUGCUGUGCUGUUGGCUUUUUCGGUUUAAAUAAUUUGGUUAAUUGCUUCAUUUUAAGUUAAUAAAAUGCAAUUCCAAUAACUUGAAAGUGUUAUAAUUAUGUUGCGAAAAUAUUUAAACAAUUUCGGUUCGAGUGUAUUGAUUUCUAUGCUUUUUAUUUGCGGCCUUCAUGGUAGAAACAACCUGUGAAACUUGUUUUUGUUGUUGUGUUCGAUAAUUGAGAAGAAAAGUCUCGGUCGUGUUCUUAUAUGGUGAGGAGUGGCUGAAUAUGUGGAGAACUAAAAAAGUGACAUAAACGUCAAAACAGCGGCAAAAAAGUGCUUAGAAAAUUUGUGAUUGGGUAUUGGGGAAAUUGCAGGCGAAUUAUAAAAAGACAAAAUUAAUACCCAAAAAGCAGUAAGAACAGGAUCAGUAGGUUUGAGCCAACGACGUACAAGUUUAGCUAAACCACAGACGCAAACUAUUGUGGGGCGGUGGCGGCGGCGCAGUCGUCGUGUUUUGGCAAGCUACAAGUUGCUGCAUCAACUUUUGCUUCACGUUAGCGUAAAGUAACGCAGAAUUAGGAUACGAAGUGGGGAAAUUUAUAACAACGACAAUACCAAUUGGACAUAUUCAACGUUGAUGAAAUAGUUGACACGCGUACUGAAGAAAGGUGUCGAAAGUGGUUUGGCGAAUGUUUGUGUUCAUGUAAAUUUUGCUAGCGGGAAAUGUUGCGCUUUUUAAGUCGUCGAAAGGUGCGUAGCAACUAUGUGGAAAGCAGAGGAGGCGUUGCCGGUGGUCCCGGCGGAGGUGGUGUUACAAAUGCAAACAGUAGUAGCGGCACGCAAAUUAAAGCGCAGCGUAUGCCAGUAAACAAAAAUAAAAUUGAGUGCCGUGUAGUGCUUUUAGACAAUACAGAUCUCUCCAUUGAACUAUCAAAAAAGGCACUCGGAAGCUUCUUAUACGAACAAGUCUUCUAUGCAUUAGACGUAAUUGAAAAAGAUUACUUCGGUUUGCAAUUUACUGAUGCGAAUCAUGUUAAACACUGGCUAGAUCCUACAAAACCUAUAAAGAAGCAAGUAAAGAUCGGACCACCAUACACCUUUCGUAUGAAAGUAAAGUUUUAUUCAUCGGAGCCAAACACCUUACGUGAGGAGCUGACCCGUUAUCUAUUCUUCCUUCAAUUGAAACAAGAUCUACUGGAAGGUCGCUUAGAUUGUCCCGAUGACAAAGCUGCUGAGUUGUGUGCGCUCGCAUUGCAAUCUGAACUUGGUGAUUACGAUGAACAAGUGCAUACUGCGGUCACAGUUUCGGAAUUCCGCUUUGUGCCGGAACAAACUGAGGAUCUCGAAAUUGCCAUAUUGGAGGAGUAUAAAACAUGUCGUGGUUUGACGCCUGCGCAAGCCGAAACGGCCUACUUAAAUAAAGCCAAAUGGUUGGAUAUGUAUGGUGUUGAUAUGCACACAGUCUUGGGUAAAGACGGUUGCGAGUAUCAUUUAGGUCUAACACCAACUGGAAUUUUGGUUUUUGAGCGUGAUCAAAAGAUCGGCUUAUUCUUCUGGCCGAAAAUCAGUAAAUUGGAUUUUAAAAAGAAGAAACUUACGCUAAUCGUUAUCGAAGAUGAUGAUGAGGGACGCGAACAGGAACAUACUUUCGUCUUUCGCUUGUAUAACGAGAAAGCGUGCAAACAUUUGUGGAAAUGUGCCGUAGAGCAUCAUACAUUCUUCCGUUUGCGUGCGCCUGUCAAGGGACCCUCUGCACGUCAAAACUUCUUCCGUAUGGGUUCACGUUUCCGCUACUCGGGCCGCACAGAGUUUCAAACCACACAGCAAAGUCGUGCCCGACGCACUGUACAAUUUGAACGUCGUCCGUCACAACGUUUCGCCAGCCGUCAGUCGCAUCUGCUACGUGAUCGUCAAAAAGCUUCACAAGAAGCGGCCGCCUCAGCUGUAGCUGCGGUAAAUGCGCGUGCCGCAGCAGCUGCCGCCGCCGCAGUUGAACCGGCCAACACUACACUCGACUCGUUGCUCACGAAUACAUCAACGAUGGAGCAACCGUCCAAUGCGGCUACACCCUCGCCAUCUAUACAAACGGUUAUUUACAAUGCCAAUGUAGAGUUGCUGAAUGAUACGGCAACAUGCAGUGCAGCUGCGGCGCGUGGCAGCAAUAGUGGCGUGCGUCGUAAUUCCAUGCGCUCGGAUUCAAGUGGUGAAGAAAGCGGCUACACAAAACUCGAUUGCUACAAUAAGGAAGCUUUAGCAGUGAAGCUUGAUACUGAUUCCAUUGGCGCAACCAGUAGCGUAUAUCCACCAGCUACAACGAAGAAUGCCGAUGAUACUAAUCCAUUUAGAAAUAAUGCCUCCUCACAUCACGGUUCCUUUGGCAAAGCCUCCAUUAGCUCGGGCUUCAGCAUUAGAAGUGCCUUAUCGGACAAAGAUAAAGAGCUAGAUUCAUUACUUAAGUCCAUUGUUAAAGAUCCAUCCCCAUCUAUACUAGCAACUGAAGCUAUUAAUGAUGCUAACAGUAUCAGGGUAACGAUAAACAAAACCUUCGAUAUGGAACAUAAUACAGAGACAUUGAAGCGACUUUCCAGUUCGGAUAAACCGAAUAAUCAAGUGAAGCUGGCAAAUGUUGGCGGUGGCGCACUGCCGCCCGGACACAUAAAAUGCAAUAUUUUGAAGGCGCGCGUCGAAGAAGAGCUUGGCACUGGGGUGCACACGAAUGCCAAUACGAAUGCGAAAAUGACAAAUCAAAUGUUUGUGCCCGCACCAAGCACAGUGCAACACAACAACAACAACAGCAAUAGCAUAUUCAGCAGUAUUAAUACGAACAACAACAACAAUAACACAAUGUAUAGUAGUGACGGCCCAGACUCAUUGAAUGCCACCUAUAUUUCUGUGGGCGGUGAUAAACUAACUUUGAGCAUAACGGAACAAAAACCAACGAGCAGUACCGCCAUCACUGUGGGCAGUGGCAAUACAGAUGCGAAUGCCUCGAACACAUACGUUGCCGAGGCGCAUGUUUUGCCAUCGCCCACAACACCAUCAACGCGAAAGAUAACCGCUUCCAAAACGACAAUAUCACCAUUUUCCAAUGCCACUUUCAUAUCUGAAUUCAAUAGCAUGAGCCCCAACGCAUCGUCGUCAUCUUAUAAUAACACGCAUACAAGCACAGUUUUCACCACAACAACAACAAGUCCUGCCAGCGCCAACGAAACAUUCACAAUUCGCAAAGGUAAUGCCACAACAACAGGUGAUAAUUUGUUGUUGACACCCACCACGCCAACAGCAAAUAUUGCCACCAUAACCACGCCCCCACCAACGCCAACGCACACAUUCAGCGCCACAGCUGCGAGCAAUGCUUCCGCUGCUGAGCGUUUAAUUAACGAGAUUUUCAUCAAUAACAUUAUAAAUAAUAAUGUGCGUGCCACAAAUGAGAAGAAGUCCGCCAGCAGCACGCUUAUUGGGAAGAGUAACGAAACGGAAUUGGUCAACAUCGAUGGUGGCAACCAGUCGCCGACCAAACCGUCUGCUGGCACAACAUUAUUCUCCACGUUGCGCGAACAAGAACGCCAACAGCAGCAUGUGAACGAUGUGACUAACGAGCGGGACCGCUGUGAAACUGAUGCGCAAAUGCUAACGAAAAAAGAAAUUGAGAAUAAGCAUCAAAAUAAUCAUUCCGUCACACAUAUUCCGAACAACAACGACAUGGUAUCACCUUGGCUGGUGUCAUCAGAAGUGGUUUCAGCGCCUAAAGGCAAAGAACCAACAAUUAUGCGAAAAUCCGUUAUAACAACGCAAUUGUAAGUGCUCAAUUUUCUGAUAAUUUAUUUAGUUAGACAACAGUUUCGAUCGUGCGACCAUUAAGUUGCCUUAAAUUAAAAAACAAAUUAUUAGAAAUUUAUUUAUUGCAAUUUUAAAAGUAAAUGCCAAGGUAUUUGUGCAUGACAAAAGUGCCGAUUAUAUUAUUAUAUUAAAUUAGGAGACGAUUCCAUGAAGAAAUAUUUAUAAAAAGCAUUCCAGAAAUUAGAAAACUUGUAAGCGAAAGUGGAGAAAAAAUUAAUCAAAUAAUUAUGUAGCAAUACAGGCAUAAGGGCUCAACUUGUAUUUAUGAAGUUUUGAAAAGUUCACGAAAAAAUUUUAAUUUGUUAGGUUUUAAGUGCCGAAAAUACCCUACCCAGGGUAUAUUUUUAAUAUGUCACAAAGUUUUUCAUACCCAAAAGGAAACGUCGGAGAUCCCAUAAAAUAUAGAUAAAAAUGAUCAGCGUGACGAGCUGUAUAUACGGUAUGUACGUGAACUUGUCCCUCAGUAUUGAGAUAUCGAUAUGAAAUUUUGCACACGUCUUUUUUGAAGUUUCACGAAGUUGCGCAUUUGCCGGAAUUGCCAAUAUCAGAUAACUAUAGCAUAUAGCUGUCGUCUGAUGUGACCGAUCGUCACGAAAUAUGGCGUGGAUUAUUGUCUGAGACAACGUAACAAUCUCUGCGAAAAUUGCUGAGAUCGCACUACUAUAUCCUAUAACUGUCAUACAAAUUGACCGAACGAAAGCAAUUUUUUUUAUCCAUUUUUUAUUUGUAUAGGGUAUUAUAACUUCGAUGCAACCGAAGAUAACGUUUUUUUUUAUUUUUUUUUUUAAAUUGUAGUUAAUGAGUUUCUAGAACUGAAACGUUUUUUAAAUCAACAUGAGCGCUUAUGCCUCUGCUACUUACAUUUAUUGCGGCAUGGCAUUUUAAUUACGUUAAACGAUUUUCCAUUGCUAGCAGUAUGUUUUAGGCUUUCAAGCGUACUUAAUACAGAAUUCCAUUUUACGAUUUAUACAUAUAUACACACAUGCAUAUACAACACUUUGGCAUAAUUAAAAUAUGUAAAUGUUUUGAGACUAUACGCAGCCCAUUAUGGUAUGUACUUAAGUUUACUCAAAAGCAUAUUUUGUAAGUGAAAAUCACUAACACGCAUAUAUCUAUAUUAUACAUGUGUAUAAAAACUUAAAACUACAACAACUGAGCAAUGAUAAAACGAAACGAAUGUUUGUGCCUUAUUGUACUGCAUACAUAUAUACAUAUAGAGUUCCAAUAUAAUUAAAGUUAAAGCAAUUUUUGCGCA